CAAAAGGAUUGGAAUUAUUUUGAAGUUUCAAUUUAGAUAUUAAUCGAAAUGUUUUAAGCAUUAAUUUUGAAUAAAUUUGGAAAAUGAAGUUUUGUAUUGCUUUAAUUUUAUUGCCGUUAAUGGCAACACAAGUUUUUGGAGAUGCAUAUAAGACAGAAAAAGAGAUUUUGGAUAAAGUGUUAAACAAAAACAUUUAUGACUUGAGAAUCGUUCCCCGAAAUUAUAACGAGUCGACCAAAAUUGGUGGUCCAGUGGUCGUCCGCACCAAUAUGUAUAUCCGAAGUAUCGAUUACAUCGACACCCACUCCAUGACAUACAAAAUGCAAAUCACAUUCAGACUCCAAUGGCACGACCCGAGGCUCAGGUUUGAUGAUAUGAACGGUCAGAUUAAAUAUCUGGUGCUUCAGGACAUGACAAGGAUAUGGAUUCCCGAUGUAUUCUUCUCCAACUCCCAGUCCACUCAAUCGCAUACAGAUCUCGUGCCUAAUGUGUUGCUCCGUAUAUAUCCGGACGGAAGCGUAUUGUUCUCCAAACGCUUGACAAGUACUCUGAGUUGUCCAAUGGAUCUCAUGUACUACCCCUUUGACAAACAGAUCUGUCCAUUCAUUGCGGCCAGUUAUGGCUAUACGACUGACGAUAUCAUACUAUUAUGGAAAGAGGGAGACCCUGUUCAAUUAAGGAGGAGUUCCGUGAAGUAUACGUUCCAGUGGUUCGUCACCACCGGAAUCCUCACAUUCUUAUCGUUCAUAUCGUUUUGGAUGAAAUCGCAGAACUCCUCGCGGAUCAAGUAUUUGGUGAUCAUAUUAUUGGUGCUGUACUCACACAUCGUGGUCAUCAAUAUGUGGUCGUCCCCUAAGACCACGUACUACAUGACAAAGGACUGGUGGUUCAUGUGGUGCGUCAACUUUGUUGUGGCCGUUAUUAUCGAGUGGACUAUCAAACCUCUGGUAUCAAAGGACUCACUGAAUAGUAAUUGUGGUGAGAAAUGGAGGAACUGGUCGUUUGGACGAAAGGUGGACCUGUUAAGUGCCGUCAUAUUCCCGGUGCUUUUCAUCGCAUAUAUCGCUUACUUUUGCCACAAAACCUUUGGCAGAGAAGACUGGAAUGAAUACUAA